AUGGGGGUCGAAUAUCGUCUCGCGGACAAGGCCUACGUCAAGAUGCUCCUCCACGCGCUGAAACACCCGACGCGCGCGGUGUGCGGCGUCCUCCUCGGGUCCCCCGCGGAAGACGGCGCCGCGGUGGUCGUCACCGACGUUGUCCCGAUGCUGCACGCCGCGACUUCGGGCUGCGCGACGCCCUCGGUCGAGAUCGCGCUCGAGCACGCCGCGACGCACGCGUCGAGUUCGGGCGCGGGAACACUCGUGGGGUACUACCACGGCAACGAGCUCGCGGGAGACGAGACGCUCGGUCACGGCGCGCGGAAGAUCGCGGACGCGGUCGCCGCGGUCGCGAGGGAGCGCGGCGUCGACGCGCGCGCGCUGCUGAUUUCCGCGGAAAAGCUCGCGGCGGCGACGGCGAAUAACGCGGACGCGUCGAUAGGUCCCGUCGCGGUCGCGGCGUUCAAAAGGGGCGGCGGCGGAGGGUGGGAACGCGUCGGCGACCAGGAGGGCGCGCUGAGGGUGAGCGCGGUCGCGCGCGCCGGGGUCGCGCGGUGUCACGCCGCGGGCGUCGCCGCGGCGAUCGUCGACUUCGACGAUCACUUCGACGACGUCGCGGCGGAUUGGAGAAACGUCGCGGCGGACGACGCGGUGGAGAGGGCGUUGACGGAGCUGUCGUGA